AUGGUCGACAAGGUGGUGCGCACCGUCGCGACGCUGCUCGGAAACUCCAGCGUGUGGAUUUCUCAUAACACUCCCUGUUGCUUACCCCGUCUCCUCCGACAGCUGGAAGUGAUUGAGAUUGCGAAGACGAUCGAGUCAACAACGGGUGACCUGACGGAGCGCUACUUGACGCCUGAGAAGGCCUUCGGGGGAGAAGGGAAGAGCUGGCUGGUGAACUUCCUCAAAGUCUACAAGGGGGGUGGAGGCAAGCAGGUCCGGGUGCGAGGCGUGGACGGUGCUGGACAGCCUAUCAACCACCUCUACACCAUGCAUGAGAGGAAGCUGAAGGGACACAAGCAGGGGAGCAGUUACGCAGACUGCGUGAAGCUGUGCCGCAAGUCCGCCAAGGACUGCGUGGACAACCUGAAUGAACGGCUGGAUGACCUUGGGAAGCUGGGGCCGACUAAGCUGUUCCGGGCGGCGAAGUGGCUGAAGAUCAAGGCGCAGCGGGAGAAAAAGUGUAAGGAGUGGCUGAACGGAUGCAGCAGGCUGUUCCGCAACAAGCUGCCGGGAUUCGACCUCAAAGCAGCAGAGAGGGAGCUCCCGACUUUCUGCGCCAUCAUGGAGAGCCACCAUGAGAUGGAGAGCUUCAACAAGGGCCUGUCCAACUUUCUCGGGAGUCCAGACUCAAAGAGGAGGCGCCCUGCGAAGAGCUUGAAGCUGGCUGUGGCAGAGAGGGAGAGGAAGGGGAAGCAGAAGGAGGGUGAAGAUGUGGCUGCUGGACAUGCUGGAGAGAACGAGGAUGAGGUGGAGGAGGAGGAGGACGAUGAGGUGGAGCAGGCCUUCGGCGACGAUCAGGAUGUCGUGGGGGAGGAAGAAGUGGAGGACAAUCCAUUCCUCUCGGACGAUGAGGACGUGGAGGAGGUGUACUUCAUUGACAAGCCUGUGCACUAG